AUGGCCAGCCUGAACCCUGGUGACCGCGUCUGGGUCACCGAUAUGAAGGAGAAGGGGACAGUGACAGCUGGAGCUGACACAACACGCUCCUACAUCAUUGACACGCUCCAGAGGGAAUCUGCGGCGCAACUGAAGUCAUCUCGUCACCUUGCCUGGGGCCGGCGCUGGACCUAA